AUGGCUGGCAAAUUCCCCGCGCCGAGCUGGGCGACCGAGACGCCGCACGCGGGCCUCGCGCUCGAGGUCCGGCGCGGCGAGCGGACGCUGCGCCGGCACGAGCUUCCGCCUGGCCCGCGCUGCUUUGUGGUCGGCAGGCAGCCUGGCGUGGCGGACGUGGUCGUGGGCGAUGACGAGGCCGCAUCGCGCCAGCACUGUGCCAUCGUCCCGCGCGGCGAGCGCCUCUACCUCAUCGACCUCAAGUCGACCCGCGGGACCUUUGUCGACGGCAAGCGCAUCCGGCCCAACGAGCCGACUCAGCUCGGCGGAGGCGCGAGCAUAACCCUCUCCGACGCGCCGCCCUACGCGCUCGUGCUCGUCGGGCUGCCCGCGCCCGCCGCGCCCGCCGCGCCCGCCGCGCCCGCCGCGCCCGCCGCGCCCGCCGCGCCACCGCCCGACGCGCCUCCGCCCGCCGUCGCCGCCGCCGCCGCCGCCGCCGCUGCCGCUCUGCCGCCCCCCGCGCCGCCGGGGAAGAGGCAGUGCAUCGACUUUAUCAAGGGCAACUGCCGGUACGGCAGGGAGUGCAAGUUCAGCCACGACGCGCCCGCUGCGCCCGCCCCCCCGCCGCCCGCCGCCGCCGCCCGGUGGGAGCCGCCGGAGUGGGCGGUGCGCGGCGGCACGAAGAUGCAGUCGCUCCAGCUCUCGCGCAAGAGGGCCUACGUCUUUGGCCGCUCACGCGAAAGGGGUUGGCGUAUUCAUCAUGCAGGCAGCUUCCUCGACACGGGCGCCGGCUGGGAGCGGCUGUCGCCGCACAAGCCGACGCGCGUGCCGUGCGGGGCAAAGAUCAAGCUCGGCGAUUGCGACACGGUGCUUGUCCGCCCGUCGCCAUCGUCGCCGCCGUCGUCGCUGCCGCCGCCGCCGCCGCCGCCGCCGCCGCUCGCGCCGCCGGAGCCGGAGGGACCUCGCUUUUCAGACAUGCUGCAGACGACCAUCCUGCCGAGCACGCCCGCCGUCGAUGUCGCGGCGGCGCGCAAGGCGAAGGCGGAGGCGCUGCCGUUCCCCGAGGUUGAGGGGGGCGGCGCUGGAGCGGAGGGCGAGGGCGAGGGCGAGGAGGAGGGCGAGGGCGGCGCCGCCGAACCACAGCUCAGCAACAGCGACUUUCGGAACGCGUUGCUGCCCUUCCUUGCCUCGAAGAAGGCGAACGGCGAGGGCGAGGGCGAGGACGGGGGCGACCGCAAGCGCAAGAAGAAGAAGAAGCGGAGGCGCGGCGACGACUCGGACGAUUCCGACGCAGAACCCCCGCCCCCCCUGAAGCUCGACAAAGCGGCCGCCGCAGUCGACCCCGGCGGCGGAUUUGUGCUGCGCAAGCAGAAGGCGCAGCCUGGCAAGCGCGGGCCCACGAGCAGCAAGAAGGAGCCGAAGAUCAAAGCCUCUUUCUUGUGCCCCAUUGAGGGUAAGCUGCUGGCAGAUUUCAACGUCUCCAUCCAGGAGGAGUCAAAGGAUCGCAAGCUCCGCUUCCACGUCAAGCGGCUCAUCAAGUCCCAUCAGCAGCGGGGCGAGGAUGUGGAUGAGGAGCUCGACUUCUACAUGGAUGAUGAUGACGUUGCGGUGCUCUUCACCAUGGAGGACAGCUCCAAGGUCUUUGCCAUCGGCAACAUUGAGCAGGUGGCCGUCGCCGACGGCACAGUAGACGCGCGCCGCGCCACUGGCAGCUCCAGCGCAGAGUACCUGCGCCAGCUCUCCAUGAGUCAGCGCAGCAACGGGGUCUUCAUCAACGACCCCAAGGGCCUCUUUAUCCUCCGGUGGUACCGUGAGGUGAAGGGUGACGGGACCCCCCCAGACGGCCCGCGCUACCAGAACAGAGCGUGCAAGUACUACAAGCUGACGAGCGACAACGAUGGGGAGGCCUUCCGCUGGACCAGCAACUACCAGAUCAUCAGCAAGGUGUACCUGAAGAAGCACUCCACCCUGCCUCUCUGCUAUUCUCUCAGUGCGGCAGACAAGAAGAUGGUGACGUCCACCAUGAAAAAGAUGGUGGGACCGGAGGCAGAGUAG